AUGGCCGAAAGCGAGCUUGCGCCCAAGUUUGCCCCGUUCCUUUCCUUCGCCGGCGUUGCUGCUGCAAUGAUCUUCGGAUGCGCAGGAGCAGCAUAUGGCACAGCCAAGUCUGGCAUCGGUAUUGCCGGUGUUGGUUCAUUCCGACCUGACUUGAUCAUGAAGUCCCUCAUCCCCGUCGUCAUGUCCGGUAUUAUCGCAGUUUACGGCCUCGUCAUUUCCGUUCUCAUCGCAGGAGCUUGUCAACCCGAGGCGAAUACUAGCUUAUACAGGUCGAUUAUGCAUUUGGCUGCUGGUUUAUCAGUUGGUCUCUCGGGUGUGGCUGCCGGAUAUACAAUUGGUGUUGUCGGUGAUGCGGGUGUCCGGGCAUACAUGCAACAGUCCCGCGUCUACGUGGGCAUGAUCUUGAUUCUCAUUUUCGGCGAAGUUCUUGGUCUGUACGGUUUGAUUGUUGGUUUGAUUCUGAACUCCAAAUCUUGA